GGUGCUUCCUGAAGUAUUGCGUAAGUUACAAGGCUUUUGGUAGAUUCCAGACAACAAAAUACAAAAGUGGAUUAAGAGUUUGAUUUCAUAGUUAAUGGUUUUCAUUGUGUUGAAUGAUUUGUUUUCAUUAUGUUUUAGAAAAACUUCAGCAUGAAAAGAGGCAGCUGGACCUCUUCUUUGGCCUCCUCGGUGGGGUCAUGAUUGCCACCUCUGGCCACAGGCCAGGUGUCAUCAUGAACCUCACCGUGGAGGAAUUUCUGGCCUCCAAAGAAGGCAAGGACGGCCAUGCCAUUUUUGUCAAAAAGCACAAAACAUGUGCAUCAUUCGGCCAUGCAAUACUCCCCAUCACAAAGGGGGAGUAUAAUUGCAUGGCCGAAUUUUUAAAAAUACGGGAAAGCUUUGAGGGGAGCCAGUCACCCCACUUCUUUUUUAAUUCGAAGGGUGGGGUGUUCAAGGGCCUCCUCAAAGCUUUCGCCGCCGCAUGGGAGUUUGUGGGCCUCCCAAAGCCGGCCCCAACAUUCAUGGCCUUGAGGACAUCUAUGUCCACUCAGGUGCAGAAGCAUCUUAGUCACAAAGAGGUCCAAAAUGCCACGGCACUCAUGUGCCACAGGCCACAAACGGCCCUGAAAUUUUAUAAGGCGUAUUGUUCUGUCGAAGAAGCUUUGGAACUUCGAAAAAGCAUGAGUAAUUCAAUUCAACUCUCCAGGAAACAGAUGGUAGAGUCUGGUUCUUCACUGAUGUCAAAUGAAGGUUUGGUUGAGGACUGUGACGAAAGAAAUGUCUGUCCAGUUGAAACCGUGGAGACUGUAAAAUCUUUGGCUCUCCAGUGUACAGCUAAAGCAGUUAAAUCUAAACAGGGUGUUAAAGAGACUGAGACUGUAAUUCCCCAGGGAAGACACCCUCACCAGGAUGAAGAGUCAGUUUCAGUUGAAGCUAUUGGAGUAUUUUCUUCUGGAGCAGAUGAGAAAACCCAGGAGCCGACUGAAGAAACUGUAUUCGUGUCUGAUAAUGGCAACACAGUUGAAGCUACCACAACUUCAUCCACUGCUGAGCAAAAGGAGUUAAUUAAGUCUCCACCUGCCAGCAAAAUUUGUGGCAGACAAAGAAGAGCAGCACAGACAUCAAAAAAGGAAAUGGCCAAAGCACCUGCUGUGUUGUCAUUAAUUGAAGAGGAAAAUCUGAGUGAAGAGGUUUUUGACCAACCCGCUGUAGAUACUAGCCCACAUUUACCUGUAACUGAAGAACAAGCAGAAACAAUGGUAAAAUCUGUGAGGGCAAAUAGGAACACAAAACAGUCAAAAAUGACCGUUGUAGUUGAGGUCCAUCGUGUUGCAGACCCUGAACCAUCAGUCGCUGUCGUGUCUAGCCGUAAACGUAAUGCAGUUACCAAGGCAAAGUCUGAGGUUACAGAAAAUGUGGCUUCAUCAGAAAAGCCUGUUAAGCCCGUUAAACAUACCAGGAGAACAGCAAAAGCUCCUGGAUCAAAGAAAGAAAAUACCAUAGCACAAGCAGAUUCUGAAUUUGUUGCAGCUAAUGAAAAUAUCAAGCUUUCGAGAAGAGGAAAGGCAGUGGCUCCCUCUGCCCCCAAGACGUCAACUACCCUUAAAAGGAAAAGUAAUGUGGCGAUUGAGGUAGCAGAUGAGUCCAUAAAUGAGGAACCUUUACCAAAGAGAAGAGGCAGAGUAGCCAGCAGCUCUGAAAUUGUAGCAGAGUUUUCCACCAAAGAGAAAACAUCUGAAGCGGAACCAAAAAAGGCUAAGCCUACUCUCAAGAAAACUUACAAUAGAGUUGCAAGAGGACAGAAAAUGACAGCCCAAGAACCAGAUCCAGCACCUACUAAGGCUCAAGCAUCUGUUUCAGGAAUCAACACUCGAAAAGUAAGGAGUGUGAAAAAUUUGAGAAAGUAGAUGUCCCCACAGAGGCAGCUCCUCUCAGAUGCAGCAGGAGGAAGUAAAGCAUUGAUUUUACAGAGUG